AUGCUCCCUAUGCCGCUCCCGCUUCUCAGCAGCCCGCGACUGCCCCGUCGUCACUCCGUUUCGAGCGUUAGCAGCUUGCCUGGCAGCGAGUCCUCCAAUGCCUCCGGAAGCCAUUCCAAGUCAUGGUUCAGUCGCAAGAAGAAGGAGAAGACAAAAGCGCAGGAUUCGUCCUCCGUGGCCAGCGGGGACUCGAGCAGUAACGCGCAAGACGGAGGAGGAGGGGAUGCCGCCCACGUGGUGGAUGGGAUCCUGGAUACAUUGGGCCCUAGGGGACGGUCGCUAGACCAGCAGCUUCAUCGGCCCCAUCCUCUGGCGCAAUCCUCACACCCACCCCGCUUCCGGCCGAGCGCCAGCACAGACGCUGUCCCCUCCCUGCCCCGCGGCUCCGCUUCGACGACAUCCCUGACGUCCGCACCCGCCACCGCGCCAUCGACGCCGACGCGCGCCCCCCACUACCGCAAAGCCCGCUCGUCGACCUGGACGCAGCCGCCGCCGCCGCCGCCCCACCGCGGAGCGAAUCUGCACGUGCUGAUUCCCGACACCCCAUCGGCCCCGUCGGCGCCGCGUCCCACGCACGAUCAGUCACGCCGGGCCGCCGACCCGUCGCCUGCGAGCCCGCGGCACCGCACGCCCGCGAGCGCCGUUGCCGAUUGGGCGCGAGGCGUGAGCAUGGAGGGCCGCUCUGGGGACAAGCGCUCGCGCAGUCCGCUGUCCCCUCGCUCUCCGCCGCCGGCGCUGCCGCUGCGCCUCGAGCUCGACGCGGAAUCUCCCGUGUCGCCGACACCGCGGUCGUUCGGCGGGGCGAUGAGGAGGAAGGAGGGCAGCAGUGACACGGAGUACGAGCGGGGGGGUAUGACGUCACCACAGGCGAGGUCUCGGCCUGGGUCACGCCCGAAAACCCCUGAUGGUCCCGGCUUUUAUUCUGGUCGACAGGAGGUGAAUUGGACUGGGGAAUGGCGCAUCGAAGGCUCAGGGAAGAAGGGGAUGCAAGAUGUGAUGAAGGGACUCAGGCAUUUGAAGAAGAAAUGA